AUGCUCUACUUCUCAUCUUCCAUUUCUAAGCUCAAGCUUACUCGACCCCUCUAUCUAACCCUCACCAAAUCACUAUGUACAGGAACUUCAACCCCUUUCUUCCAAACCCAGAAUCCAACUUCAUACGAUCUAAAACCCCUCAACUCCAAAAUCUCAAAUUUUAUGCGCAAUGGGUUCGUCGAAGACGCCCAGAAGCUGUUCGACGAAAUGCCUCACAGAAACACGGUCACCUGGAACGCCAUGAUUCGUGGCUACUUUCUAAACGGGCAGUUCGCCACAGCAGUCAGCUUGUUUAAUCGGAUGAAAGAGCGGGAUGUCUUCUCGUACAACACGGUCAUUGCCGGGUUGAUGCAAUGUGGGGACGUGGAGGGCGCGAGGCGGGUUUUCGAUGGGAUGGACUUCUGGGACGUUGUGAGUUGGAAUUCGAUGAUUUCUGGGUAUGUUCGUAAUGGGAGGAUUGGUGAAGCGGUGCAAGUGUUUGAGGGGAUGCCGGUGAAGGAUGUGGUUUCGUGGAACUUGGUUGUUGGGGGACUUGUGAAGUAUUGGGAGUUUGAUUUGGCUGAGGAGUAUUUUAAGAAGAUGAGUGUUCGGGAUUGUGCUUCAUGGACGAUAAUGAUUUCGGUGUUUGGUGAGGCAGGGCGGAUUGUUGAAGCUCGGGAGCUUUUUGAUGAGAUGCCUGUGAGGGAUGUUCAGGCUUGGAAUGCGAUGAUAGUUGGGUAUAUAGGAAAUGGGUGCGUUGAAGUUGCAGAGGGGUUGUUUCAGAAGAUGCCCGAGCGGGACUUGGAGUCUUGGACUCAAAUGGUAGAGGGGUUGGUCGAGUGCCAUAGAAUUAAUGAUGCCUUGAAGCUAUUUAUGGAGAUGCCAGAGAAAUGUCCCAAAACAUGGAACUCGAUCCUUUUGAAGCUAACGAGAAAUGAGCUCACUAGAGAAGCUCAUGCUUUGCUUAAGAAGAUGCCUUACAGAUGUGUCAUAUCAUGGACAAAUUUGAUUGUUGGAUAUUUUGGAAUCAGAGAGGUAUGCGAUGCAAUUAAACUUUUUGAGUCCAUGCCUACUCGAGAUACAACUGCAUGGAAUGCCACGAUAUUUGGAUUAAGUGAAAACGAUCGUGGUGAAGAGGGUUUGAGGCUUUUUAUGAGAAUGAAAGAAUCAGGGCCAUCACCAGACAAAGCAACAUUUACUAGUGUUUUGACAAUCUGUUCAGACUUACCAACCUUACACCUAGGUAGACAAACUCAUGCACAUAUAGUAAAAGAAGGAUUCGGUGACAUUGUUUCAGUUUCUAAUGCUAUGGUUACCAUGUACGCAAGAUGUGGCAGCAUGGAUUCCGCUUUACUGGAAUUCUCGUUCAUGCCCAUCCGUGAUGUCAUUUCUUGGAAUUCUAUAAUAUGUGGAUAUGCUCAUCAUGGGAAUGGUGAAGUAGCUUUGGAGAUGUUCGAAUGUAUGAGAUCAACAUCUGUUGAUCCCAAUGCUAUAACCUUUGUCAAUGUUCUAUCUGCUUGUAGCCAUGCAGGGUUGGUCGACCAAGGUAAAUAUUACUUUGACAUGAUGAGAUACACAUAUUUUCUUGAACCUACUACUGAGCAUUAUACAUGUAUAGUUGAUUUAUUCGGAAGAUUUGGACUUAUAGACGAGGCAAUGAGUUUUCUAGAUCAAAUGAAAUCUGAUGGAUUUGAGAUUCGUGCAAGUGUUUGGGGGGCAUUACUUGGAGCUUGUAGACUCCACAAGAAUAUUGAGGUGGGUGAGAUUGCCGGGGAGAGGGUUUUGGAAAUAGAGCCUGGUAACUCCGGUAUCUAUUUGAUUUUGGCAGAAAUGUAUUCGAGUUAUGGAAGAAGAGAAGAUGCUGGACGGAUUAAGGCAAGGAUGAAAGAGAAAGGAGUCAAGAAGCAACCGGGGUGCAGUUGGAUUGAGGUAAACAACAUUGGGCAUGUAUUUCUGUCAGGGGACAAAUCCCACCCCAAAUUUAGGAGGAUCUGUUAUGUUUUAGAGUUACUGUAUACAGAUAUUGAAACUCAGUUUCCAAAACCAAAUGCUGUAUUGCUUCAGCAAGUACAAGUUCCAUAG